AUGGCGAAGGUGAGUGCACGGGAGUGCAACGAUGCUGGAUUAAAUCUUGUGGAAGGUGAUAUUGUGUACGAUAAGAAACAAGGCAGAAACUCCAUUCUGGGUGAUCAGUACAGAUGGCCAACAACAAUCCCCUACUAUCUGAAGACAGUUUGGGUAAAUCUGCACUAUCAAUGCAAAGGCGUGAUUCUGAAGGCCUUUGAGCAGUAUCGACUGAAAUCCUGCAUCGACUUCAAACCCUGGGAAGGGGAAGCUAAUUAUAUUUCAGUCUUUAAAGGCGGUGGAUGUUUCUCCUCCGUGGGGAACCGGCGCGUGGGAAAACAGCGGCUCUCCAUCGGCUCUAACUGCGACCGCAUCGCCACUAUCGAGCACGAGUUCCUCCACGCGCUGGGCUUCUGGCACGAGCAGUCCCGCGCGGACCGAGACGACUACGUUAAGAUCAUGUGGGACCGCAUCUCUGAAGGGAGAGAGCACAAUUUCAACACCUACAAUGACACAACAUCCAGUGCACUGAAUGUGCCAUAUGACUACGGCUCCAUGAUGCACUACAGCAAGAACGCCUUCAGGAACGGAACCGAGCCUACCAUCGUCACCAAGAUCCCCGCCUUCCUGGACGUGAUUGGCCAACGCAUGGAGUUCAGCGACAACGACCUGCUUAAGCUCAAUAGGCUCUACAACUGCACGACGGGGUCGACGUUCUUGGAGACGUGCAGCUUCGAGCGGGAGAAUAUCUGCGGGAUGAUCCAGGGCCAGGGUGACUCCGGGGACUGGGGACGUGUGAUGCAGGUCCCCGGGGGGCCCCUGACGGACUACACACACAUGGGCCGGUGUAAAGACUCUGGGUACUUCAUGCACUUCAGCACAGCGACUGGCCCGGUAGGAGCCCAGGCCCUGCUGGAGAGCAGGUUCCUCUACCCCAAACGAGGCUUUCAGUGCCUGCAGUUCUUCCUCCACCACAGCGGCAACGUGGAGGACCAGCUCAACAUCUUGGUGCGCGAGUACGACAAAGCCAACCCAAACGGCACACUGAGGUUCACUGCACCCCAGGACCGGUGGGAGCUUCAUCACGUGAGCCUGAAAGUGAGCAAGAAAUUCCGGGUUGUGUUUGAGGGGAAAAAAGGGGUGGGGCCCUCCACAGGGGGUCUCUCCAUAGACGACAUCAACCUCUCUGAGACAGAGUGCCCAGAACACAUCUGGCGCAUCGAGAACUUCACCCACAUCCGGGAAAGUACGCCCGUCGGGCAGACGAUAUUCAGCCCCCGCUUCCUCUCCAAGGAAGGGUACAGCUUCCAGGUGAGCCUGUACAUCAAUGGGACGACUCAGAACCCCGACAACAUGGGCGUCUUCCUCCACCUGACAUCCGGGGAGAGUGACAGCUCCCUGAAAUGGCCCUGCCCGUGGAAGCAGACCACAAUCAUGCUAUUGGACCAGAACCCAGACAUCCGCCAGCGGAUGUCCAAUCAGAGGAGCGUCACCACGGAUCCCACCAAAACUGAAGUUGAGGAUGGAAAUAUGAUGUACUUCUGGGAUGACCCCAGGAAUGUGGGGGCCCCGGUCACCGAGCCGGACGGAACGCAGUACUUCCGUGGCCCUGGCUUGGGCACCGGCGUGUACCUGACUCACAGCAGGGCAGACAGCCGUGACUUCAUCAAAGGAGGAGACGCCAUCUUUCUCCUGACCAUGGAGGACGUGUCAAAACUUUUGGAGACUCAGCCAGUUCCCCCAACGACCAAGCCCACCACCAGCCCCGCCCCCACCGCCAACAGCUCACACGCCCCUCCCACUGAUGGCACCCUGCCCACUGAUGGCACCCCGCCCACUGUGCCUCCCGACAACCCCUGCCGUGACAUCACGUGUGAGAACGAUGGCGUGUGUGUGGCGGAGAAAGCGGUGGCUGUGUGCAGGUGUGCGGUCGGGGAUGACUGGUGGUACAUGGGCGACCGCUGUCAGCGUAAAGGUUCGUCUCAGGAAGCGGUGACAACGGCCGUGGCAGCUUCCGUGUCAGUGCUGGCGGCCAUGUUGGUAGUGACCGUCGUCAGUGUGGUGUGCGUGAAGAAGAAGUACAAGAAGAAGCUGAAGGAAACCGGUGCAGGCAUUGUCAUGGAAAAUUGUCCGUCAGCAGUCGACUUCAAAGGUUUCCUCCGCCCCCUGGUGGCGAUGAUGGGUAAUGACAUCUGA